UCACAUGGCUAGUGGGAAAACAUGGCUGCGCCCGCGUUAGGGCCGGCUGGAGGACGAGGCGCUGGGCUCGGUCUCGUUCUCUCUUUGCCUCUGCUCUUGCUGCUGGGCCGGGCGGCGGGGGGCGAAGAGGUCGGGGCCGAGGCGGGCGCGGCGUCCCUCGCGGGCUCGUGCGGUUGUGGCACUCCCCAGCGGCCCGGGGCCCAUGGCAGCUCGGCGGCCGCGCACCGAUACUCGCGGGAGGCGAACGCCCCAGGCUCGGUAGCCGGAGAGCGACCGUUCCCGCCCACCAAGAUGGUCCCCAUCCCUGCCGGAGUAUUUACAAUGGGCACAGAUGAUCCUCAGAUAAAGCAGGAUGGGGAAGCACCUGCGAGGAGAGUUGCUAUUGAUGCCUUUUACAUGGAUGCCUAUGAAGUCAGUAAUGCUGAAUUUGAGAAGUUUGUGAACUCAACUGGCUAUUUGACAGAGGCUGAGAAGUUUGGUGACUCCUUUGUCUUUGAAGGCAUGUUGAGUGAGCAAGUGAAGUCUGAUAUCCAGCAGGCAGUGGCAGCUGCUCCCUGGUGGUUACCUGUUAAAGGCGCUAACUGGAGACACCCAGAAGGGCCCGACUCUACUGUCCUGCACAGGCCAGAUCACCCUGUUCUUCAUGUCUCCUGGAACGACGCCGUCGCCUACUGCACAUGGGCCGGGAAGCGGUUGCCCACGGAAGCCGAGUGGGAGUACAGCUGUCGAGGAGGCCUGCAAAAUAGACUCUUCCCCUGGGGCAACAGACUGCAGCCGAAGGGCCAACAUUAUGCCAACAUUUGGCAGGGCGAGUUUCCUGUGACCAACACCGGAGAGGACGGCUUUCGAGGGACUGCGCCUGUUGACGCCUUUCCUCCCAAUGGUUACGGCUUAUACAAUAUAGUAGGGAAUGCCUGGGAGUGGACUUCAGACUGGUGGACCAUUCACCAUUCUGUUGAAGAAACGAUUAUUAACCCAAAAGGCCCCCCUUCUGGCAAAGACCGGGUGAAGAAAGGUGGAUCCUACAUGUGCCAUAAGCAAAUGCAUAACCGUAUUCAGAUGCUGGCAAGGAAUCAUCUUCCCAACACAAGAUCACUAAGACCUGCAGAGAAGCUGCUUUUGUUUUAGUAAGGAAGCAGGUUAACCCAAGGAGGUCAGAUAAGACAGGCAAAGUGAGUUCCUUUAAUUGUGUUGUGUUCAUUAUAAAGUAACAAUUACAAUAAUCUCCACAUGUCUACUGCUUUACUUUGUCAUGUAAAGAUAAGAUGAAGCAUUUUGACAUUAUUCCAUUAAUAGCCCCAUUUUAUCGGAAGAGGGAGCAGAUUCAGAAAGGCUUUGCCUAAGGUUAAAUAGCUAAUGAGUCUUGGAUUUUGCCUUUUCAGGUGAGUAAAUUAGUAAAAUGUUUGUCACAAUUUCCACCUGUGUCAAGCCCAACCUCUUUCUGCCAAGUAGACCACCUUUAAUGUGACUCCAUCCUAUUUAUCCACCCACGUUUCCUGCUUUUUAUCAUUUAUCCUCUCUGUACCACUCAUUGCUUUUGCCUGGAAUUCUCAUUCUCUGAAUCUUUGGGCAGCUCAGCUCUCGCAGCGCCUCAUCAGAGGAGCCUUCCCAGGCCACCUUAUCUAAGUAGCACCUAGUCACGUCUAGUCCUCUCUCCCUAUGUGACUUUCUUCCAAGCUGACCACUGCCAGAAGCACUCUUGAAUUUAUCCGUUUAUUUAUUGUCUGACUACUUAACUCCUUGUUGAAUGUAAGCUUCCCGAUAACGGGUACAUUGUUUUGUUCCGCAUUGCUUCCCUCGUGCCCAGAAUAGCAUCUAGCACGUUGUAAACUCUCAAAUAUUCAAUGAAUAAAUAAACCAUGCUCUGACACUCUCAGGCUGUGGCCUUGCUAUCCUCUUCACUUGCCUGAAUUUUUCCAUUUUUAUGCCUCUGAUGUUAUUGUUUUCUCCACUUAACAUACCUUCUUUCCUUGUUUCUAAGUCCUGUAAAUCAGUGCUACUCAGUUUGUGGUCCAUGAGCCCGUAGCAUUAGCAGUGCCUGUAAGCUGGUUAGAAAUGCAGAUUCUUGGAACCCACACCAGACUUACUGAAUCAGGAUCUCUGGGUUUGUGGCCUAGGAAUAGGUAUUUACAUGAGCUCUCCAGGCUAUUCUUCUGUAUACUCAAGUCGGAAGGCCACUGCCAUAAUCACGUAAAUCCCGCUCUGGCCAAGUUCUGCCUUCAAAAGUCUUUCCUAAAAAAUUAGACAUUUAGUGACCAUUUCCUCCCCUGAAUUAGUAGUAGCCUCAGAAUCUUUUAAUCCUAGCUUGUUUUGUAGCUUUUUGAUGUGUAAUCAUUGUUUCCUCAACCAGCCUGUGAUCUCCAGCGGGACAGUGCGCACAGGAGGCGAUCAGGAAAUGCUUGAUUGUUUUUUGUCAUGUGUGGUCCAGUUAUGGAACAAGAAUGCCCCUGUCUGACUGCCUGCCCCCCUGCCCCAAGCUCGAUUCUUGCUCCAAUGUAGAAUUCACUGCACACACCGAGAGCAUGGGGCCCUGCAUUAUCCACAGGAGCUUGAUUCUAAAAAUACCAAAGCACCUUGCUUCACAGCAGCCCAGUGAGUAGGCCCUACAUGGAACAAAGCUUCUGCCGUGUCUUUCUGCAUGGUCACCUCUAGUCAUUUUAGAGCUUCCAUUGCAUCCCAAUCACAGGUAGUAGCAGAUGCCAUCACGUCUUUCAUUAUUUCAGGCAUAUUUUUUUAUUCAUUUUCCCUCUGCCUGCCUGAAUAUUGGUAAUAGUGUCACAUUCUUCACUGGCCACAGGGAAAAUGAGAAAAUUGGUUGCUACUGUUUUGCUAUCUAUAAAAGACAGAGCACCAUGUGUUUUUUUUUUUUUUUCCAUGGUGGAAGUGCUCCAGAGAAUUCCUUUGUCAGCUCUAGAGAUAAUUUUUAUGAAGAUUAGAAACAUUCAACUUUCGUGAGAGAAAGGAGAAUAAUAAGAA